AUGAACAGCAGAGGAGAGGGGAUAUUAGCCGUUCAAGAAGAACGAGCAAGGAUUGGAGGAGUUGAAGUGGCAAGAAAGACGGUGAUAGCUGCCACGGAUGAAGGGUUAGUGUCAGACAUCUGUAGUAUGUUUAUUCACUACGCUUUGCAGACUUCACGUUCACGAUUAUAAUCAAGCUUCAUUUGGAUUUAAAAGCUCUUUGUAUUCUUCUUUUGUAAACUCUGGGGCCAGAUUCUCCAGCUAAGAUCCAUUUUCUUGCUAAUCUCGCCCGAGUCGUAGAAACUAAUUUUGAAUUGAAAGGAGAUCAGCCAUGUUUGUGCGGCUGUGUCCAAAUUCCCGGAAAAGCGGAAGUACUUAGUCUAUUUAGUCUCAGAAAUCGUACAGGGUCCCGUAGUCUUUCUUUACGUCAAUUUCCCUUGAUUAAAAGUUAAAUUAACACAAUUUGAUCACAGCAAAGUCAUUCUUUAGGCUUAUGGUAGUUCAAGAAAAUGUGGUAAAAUGUGAGACUGAACUUUGGUUUCCCUCAAGUUCCUUAACAAACCACGACGGCGACGGCAGCGAGGAUGUGGCAAAACAAAAGAUCUAAUGAGCAGGACAAUAGCUCAGCACGCGCCUUUUAAACUGAACUGUGUACAUUUCUCAGCCGUCCUCCGCAAACUAACAACGCAAAAUCAUCAAAAUUUGCUUUGUCCGAGAAAAGGAACCCCGACAUCAAAUUAUUAAAGUUUCCAUUUGGGAACUCAACGCCGCUCUCAUACGUUAUGUUGAGGUUAACUUGCGGCGCCGUAAGAGAUGGUCAUCACAUCUAGUAAUUCGCGAGAUUCCAACUAAAAUAUAUAUACAUUUUCAAAUCAACGUCUUCUUGGCGUUGCCGUCCUAAAUGCUAAAGGUCUCCAAUGUCUCCAGCGGCGCCUGCUUUCCUCUUAAAGCAUAACAUGUGAAUGCAGCGUGGGGAUCGAUCAAAACAAUAAUGUACAAUGAUAUUUUCACAUCUCUGAGGCGAAAAAUAGUCUAAAGUCCGGCUAAACAGUUCAAGAAAUUGUUCAGUCUGGUUUGUUACUUCUUUGCACUGAAUUAACCCUCUUCUGCAUUGAAUUACCUGAAAACAUUUAUCUUUACCAAUCAGAACUGAGUAAUUUUUUCAUGUAUCUUAUUAACUCUAACUCUUAUUUAAGCCGUAAAAUCAGCAUGCAAGUUCUCCAAACUGUUCUCCGUACAUCUCCUGUGGUACUUAAGGAGAAUUUGUCUAAAAUGUCCAAAAGAGUUCUUUUUUAGUUGGUGAUCAGUUUCUUUAUUCUCCUGACUAAAUGUUGGAUUCAGGGGUGACAUCGUAAUGAGAAAUUAGAUGCUAGUCACUCUUAGUGGGUAACGGGAGGACAAAGUAGAAAUGAAUACUAUUGUCGUCAGGAUGGAUGAAUCAGUGAAUAAAUGAUACACGUGUGAAAGUCUUCAACUACAUUCCAUUUGCUGUGCGAUAAGCCAGUAUUGCGAUAAGAAAAUACCUUCCCAACUAAGGCUGAACAAUGGUAGCACCAGAAAAAGAUCUAUAUCAUCAACAAUAGCAGUAUGGUAUAUUUUUUUGUAAGACAUUUACUAGUGGUUCGUUUCUUUUGCUUCUUAGAGUUGUGGCUGUUCAAGUAGAUACUGUGGAGCAAGUGGGGUAUUUACCAAAAACUACUAUUUUAUAAAGUUUUCUGUUACUUUAAAGAUUACAGAUUGAGCCCAUUUCUGAGGAAAUCAACGCAAAAUACGGUCGCAGAUGCAAGUGGAAAUCUGGUCAUUUCCAUUAUGUUACCGAUGCCUUAACCUCCUCUUCUUCAGUUUGGUAUAAGAUUGACCAACCCUGCCCUCCCCACCCCUGACGCGAGUGUAGACAGAAAAUUUGAAAAUCGAUUGCCAACAAUGUGUUGUUUUCAUGAACAAAACAACAAGGGCUGCAUUGUAGAAUGUGGGCGUUUUAGUGCUCACCCAGACUGAGACUCGUAAAACCAAAACCGAAAAAACCACAACAUGUACCUCAGCAGAGGAAAUAUUUUAGUGAGAACGCAACGUAAAAACAAUUAAACUGCCUUGAAGCGCAGUAAAACGCGAGGGAUCAAAAAGCGGUUGGUUUUAAUGUUGCAUGUGAUUUGUUGAGGGGUGGUGAAAGUUUUCUGGACCAAUCACAUGGCGAAGUAAAGCAAAAAAAAAAGCGAAAUCUGAAUCAUUUCCGACAUUUAAUUGAAAAUUACCUUAAAGGGACUUCGUAAUCGUUGUGCCUCUUGCGAAGUCAUUCAGAUUCUGUUUUAAUCAGUUCUCUAUCCAAUCCAUCCUCGCAACUUUUGGUCCACUUUCCCAUUUUGUAGUUUCCUCUCUUACCAAACUGAUGUAUUGCAGUGUCCUCUUUGCUAAAAGUAACGUAGCCUGUAAUGUAGCGAUUUUCACUUUUGCGACGUAGCUUCUCUAUAACCAAUGGACAAAGCUAAGAAAGUAUCGAAAUGUGAUCGAACCUUUCCACUGCUGUAUUUACAGCGGCCACCGUCCCGCAUUACAAGGUGGGCGCCCUAUGCUAGCAGGCGGUCCUCGGUAUCCAAUCCCAAACCCAGCAGUGAGCUACGAAGAGGAGAGAGGCUGUACAGAUUACUGUUGCUUGGCAUGUGACAGUGAAUAUAAAUGGUACAAUUUGAGAGGAAAAGGUGAAAACAAUUUAUCAUAAUAAUAAAUGACCCUAUACUUAAAAUGUUAGGACCCUUGUUAAACAACGCUACUUUCUGUUAUGCUCCUUGCAUCUGCUUUCGCAGUCCUGCGAAAAGAAGCAUUUUUUCUCUCUUGUUUUAAAACUUUCAACCUCUAGGGAUCCCGAGAUAUUUUAUGAAAUGCCUAAAUAAGCCUUGCUUUGGGUGUAGUCAUUUUUUACCAACUGGGAGGGAAGGGUCAGAGGAUUUUGGUGGAGUCAUAGUAACAUCUACCUGCUUCUCCCAUAAGGCUCAGUAUGUUCCAUAUUCUCCUCAUUUUUACUCUUUUAGCGACGACUUAUUCCCCCUCCGUUUCCCGUAAAAACCACGUGAUCCCCACAAAAAUACUCCACCACCCCCCCCCCCCCCCCUCUGGCGAUGACCGGUCCCUAAACCCUUUAACUCCCAUAUCAAAUGUGUCAUUCUCCUUACUGUCAACCAUAAACUUCUUAGAAUGUAAGUUCAGAGAAUUUAGUAUUGGAUCAACUAAUUACUCCUAAAUUGGUAUUUUUCGUUAUUCUCAUCACUUAUCUGGUUAACACACAAUAUUAUGGAAAGAAAAUAGUUUUAUUUUGACCUGCGCAUGAGAAAAAAAUGGAGGAUAUGAUCUUCGCAAGUGAGCUGCAAAUAACAAAGCCACAAAAAAGAUCUGGUUUCGACGAGAUUUGAGCCCGGGCCUCCCAGAUACUAGUUGGACGCUAACAUCAAUUGAGCUACGAAGCCACACGGUUGGAAGUGAGACACAUACUCAUGGUUCUGGUCAUGUGACAAAUUCCCACUCCGUUGUAUGAUAAAAUUAGAUUGGACUCUAAAGUUUCUUGCAGUCAUAGUAGAUAGGAUCUGCUUCUAUUCCGCUCUCCUCGUUCUUUGCUUCUUACCCUGAGCUUUCCAACAAGGUGCCCACUCGUGUCCACGCAUAAAAUAAUUUUAUUUUUAUCAGCGAAAACUAAUACCAUACACUAAGCCCACAUCCCCCCUACCCUCAUUAACCUCCCCCGCCCCACCCCAACUCUCGCCCCAGACUUCCUUGUCAUCACCUGUCCUUUCAAGAAUAAAUUUCCGAGCAAAUCGGAUGGAGCUGAAGUAUUUGCGUGACGCUGUCAGGCGUCACGCAAUCAAUUACUUAAAAUUAUCUGGUCGUUGAGUCUUUCUUUUUUUCCCUUUGUAGGUUGUUUCUGGCUUAUUGUCCUUUUGCUUUUUUAUUUGGUCGUGGGUACCAUACUGCUGCCGUUUUUGAUCAUCUACUUGUUGUGCCUUUGCAUAUGUUAUCCUCUUGGCUGUUGUAAAGAUGAUAGCGACGUAGACAGACCCAUUUUUACUUCAUAAAGUGGAACAAUUGGUCUUCGCUUGACUGGGAAGCAUUAUGAACCAUAAGCUAAUGUCUGUGUUUUUGUAGUGUUUGUUCUUAUUGGAUAAAUACCUUAGCUAUUACAAAAUCUUUAUUCUAUAUGUUACCACACCCUUAUCCGCAGUCACGUGAUUAUCCAUGUAUCUAUCAUAGUAUAUUAAUUACGUUCAUCGUUAUUCUAUUUUUAAAGCAGUUGUGUAAAGCACUUGGUCUGUGCACGCGUUACUCUAUAGUAGUAUAUAACGAACCCUAAUACACAACAGAUUUAUUUAGCCGCAGCAUGAAAAGUCAAACACUUUCUAAAUCUCAGUGGGUUUGAUCAGGGAUUAUAAUUAAUUUUCGUUGACGUUGAGUUGUAGUUGAUCAGAAUAUUCAUUGACUAUUCAUUUGAAAUAAUGUACAAGUACUGUAGUAAUGAAAAUUAAAUAAUAAAAUUAAAUAAAAACUUAAAAUUGAAAACGCAAUUUUCAUCGAUAUCAUAGAGCACACUGAAGAACCAAAGUAGUCGCAACAGCCAAUCAAAGCAAAGGAGAUUUUACAUGGAGCCAAUAAGAACUCAACUACAAUCAAGGAAACCACUCUUUACGCGGGAAAACGUGAGCGACAAAGUUGUGGUUGUGGGUUUGAAUCUGAUUGGUUGAGAAAGUGGAACGGGUUUUCUGGACCAAUCACAUAGCGAGGCAAAGCAAAAAUAAAGUAAUCCCGAAUUACCUUUAACACUUACUUGAAAACUACUCUAAUUGUUUAACAUAAUCUCAAGUUGAGAUCCAAAAUUUUUUUGAAAAUUUUUAAGUGAUCUGACUAUUUUUUUUUCAUUCUAUUCGACUCCUCCAAGGCGCUAAGAUGGAAACUUAAUGUGGUGGAAUUGAUUUCCAUAAGGGACCUUGUUUUCUUCAAUCCAAAGUUAUUGACAAUGUUUAAGGGUUCACUAACAUUUAUGAGUGUGAAUUGUUUAAAUUUAAGGGAGUCCAAAAUGGAAGAAUUUCAUGGGCAUGGGC